GCCGUGGCGACGAAGAGCGCCCCAAAGGUCGAGAAAUGAAGAAAAGCUUCCGAACACCUGUUUCGGAUCGAGUCUCAAGCGACAAGAAAAGGAGGCUACGCGUUUCGCCCCCUGCAGGUUCUUCGAGCAAAAUUGCUUACGGUGCAGCAUCGAAUGAGCAACGUCGGCGAUGGGACCAGGGGCGGAGCGGAGAGAUGCAGUGUACAGUGUGUGGGGCCUCUUUCUUCUCGGACCUCUCGCAGUCCGAGGUUCGGGGCCCUCAGGCCGCGCGCCGUGGGCUGGACCGACCCGCGCCGGCCUGGCGGCGGCCCUGGCGGCAGCCGCGCGCUGGCCCGGGAGAGGGCCGCGCCGCACUUCGCGCCGUGCCGCGCGGGGCUCGCGGGCCACGCGGCGCGCCACGGGGGUGCCAGGCUGCAGGUCCGGCGAUGCCCUGAAGGGGAGUCGUCACCAAAGUGGCCCAGACUUUUUUAGCGUAUCGAACAAGUGGACGGAGGGCUGGUUAGACAGCCAAGACUUCGACGCCAGCGUAUAUAGCCGCCUGGCCGACAACGAGGUCAGAGCGUAUGCGGAUUGCUACUUGUCCUCGCGGAAACCAGAGCGGACGAUGUUGGUGGCGAAGGUGGAUGCAGGUGCUGCUCAGGGUGCAGGCGGUGUGGGGGGCUGGGCGUCAGCAUUUGGCGGCGGGGGUAGCAUCGUCGGCUGCAUCGGCUGCGAGGUGAAGCGUAUGUUGAGAAUCACGGGGGAUGUGGUGCCUGAGGACUUUGAUACUGGGGGGGUGGAUAGUGACGAGUUGACCUACCUGAUGCCCAUCGUGGCCGAUCUUGCCGUCUCGUCGGAGUUUCGUGGUCGGGGCAUUGCAAAGGCAUUAGUCUCUGAGUUGGAGGGCGUUGUGAUCGGUUGGGGCUACGACGAGGUGGGGCUACUGGUGGAAGCAACAAACUUCCAGGCCAUAGGCGUAUACGACAGGCUGGGAUAUCGACUGAGUGGGAUCAGGCCACAGGAACCAACGUCUUACUUCGACCUCCGAGAGGGGCGUAUCGCGACCCGAAGGACGACGGCGCUGGUCCUCCGGAAGAGCUUGAAGCCCUUCCCGAUUGGGGCGCUGGAGAAUUUGAAUUGGGGCCAGUUGUUUGUGGUAUUCGUGAUUUUCAAUGGGGUGCUCGGCGCCGCCGAGUCUGGGGCCCUUGAGGCCGCGCUUCCAGCGGAGCUAACGUGGCUCGUGCCUCCGCUGGCGUCGCUGCAGGUUGGGCUAUCUUCGGCUGUUUCGAGGAGUCUGGGCGUGCUGCCGUAGGAGCCGGCUGCACUGACGUUAACCUCGAGGGGGACGGCAGUGAUCCUGAAUGGUUUUUGUGUGCCUAGAUUCGGCAUCAGAUAGUGUCGCCCCCGGCAGGACUGAGACCUGGCCCAGUAACGUGUGUGUACAUUAGUUCGGGGCCAGCAGUCUUGCCACAUCACGGGGUUAGUGGCUCUGGGGCACAAUGCCUUCCGCUCAUUGCUCCUCAGACCCUCGGAGGUCGGCGCGUAUUUCAUUGACCCUGGCAGAGUUCAUUGAAGUCUUAGGCGAGGUACCUGCCUUUGGUGUGUUUCCGCCUUGGGCCCUUCUCACCUCCUCAUGCUGCUCCUGCUGCUGCUGCUCCCCGUCCUCCCUCCCCGUCCUCAUAUCAAGACUUCUCUUCCCCCUUUUUUCCCUCCCCUGUAAUUUGCCAUAUUUGCUCAAGACGUCGAUGGGACGCGUGGCGACCUCGCAUCCAGCUCGACAGUUGCUUGUCAAAGGCCUGUUGGUCCGAUCUUUUGCUUUUUAUGCUUGCAAGCUCCUGCGUCGUGUUAGGUAUUCCUCCUCUGCGCGCGCCACUGGCGCUGCCGAUCGGCCACCGAGUUGUGCGUCGUCGGCACCUUUGGUCUGAUGUGCGAUGACAAGUGCAUACAACGGAAUCCGAUCAGAACUGAGCGAAAUUGAUCGCGUUAAUAUCCCCUUGGCCAAACGGAUCUGGUCGCGUGCUGGAACAUCCACCACCACUUCGCGAAUGCGGCAGGACGGCCGCCACCAGCUCGACCGCGUCCGAGGCGGUCGUGACCGCUUUCGAAGAGAACAUUUAAUCCUUCACUAAGGAACUCAAGCGAUGGGCUGGCAAGGGCAGUUGCGUGACUGGGCCGCUCUGUUGACAAGACUGUCGGCCCGCUCUUCUGAGCGCUAGAGGCUCGUUGCACCGAGCGUUCCGCCGUUAGUCAGAGGCGCACUCUGGAGCUCGAAAGCAAGCCUCCGUCCCGCAUGCGGCCGUUAACUCUCUGUCCACGCGGCGAGUUUCUGUGCGCCUCGCGUGCAUUCGAACAGCCUCACCAUGUCUUCGUAGGUUUCGUGGUCAUUCACCGCAUUGCAUACCAGACCCUGUUUUGGUACACGGCGUUCGUCCUUCC